AUGUUCAAACCCUCCGCUCGCUGCCUGCUGGCAGCGCGAGUGUUUACCCCCCGCGCGGUGUUCCCCGACUACCACAUCCCGCUGUCCAACUUCCAGGGCCACCAGCGCAAGGCCAUGCUGCGCAUCGAGCAGCUGGCGCCGCAGCUCAACCUGCUGCUCGAGGUGCGCGACAGCACGGCGCCGCUCAGCACGCACAACGUGCUCUUCGACCAGCUUGUCGCCACGCACCGCCUUGAUCGCAUCAUCCUGUACACCAAGCGCGACGUCUGCGCCGCGCCCACCCCCGCCGCGCUCCACCGCUGGCACGCCGAGACCGGCGACGACUACAUGCUCCUCGACGCCCGCAGCGCCGCGGACGCCGCGGCGCUGCUCGCCGCCGUGCGCGCACGCUACGACGCCGCCGCUGCCGCGCCCGGCGCGCUCCCCCUCGGCUACCGCCUGCUCGUUGCGGGCAUGCCCAACGUCGGCAAGUCCACGCUGGUCAACCGCCUCCGCGCCUCCGGCACCGCGCGCCGCGCCAAGGUCGCCGCCACCGGCGCCCACCCCGGCGUCACGCGCGCUACCAGUGAGUGCGUGCGCAUCGCCGAUCACCGCGCCGGCGUCUUCAUGCACGACACCCCCGGCGUCGCCCUGCCCGCCCGCGCCUCCUCCGUGCGCCGGAUGCUCGCCCUUGCUCUCGCCGGCUGCGUCGGCCCCGCCGUCGUCGACCCCGUCAUCCAGGCCGACUACCUGCUCUACCUCCUCAACCUUCAGGGCCUGGCCCCCUCCUACGCCGCCUACAGCCCCCCCACCAACGACAUCGCCGCCCUGCUCGCCGCCGUGUGCACCCGCCACCGCCUACGCUCCGAGACCGCAGCCGCCCUGCACUGGCUUGCCAUCCGGCCCCCGGGCCUCUGCCUGGACCCGGAGCUACUCUUGCCGCCGGACGCCUUCUCCUACAAAGAUCACGUGACCGCCGCCGCCCGCGUCUCGCUGCUGCCGCCGCGCUGCCACACGCGCCGCGCGGGCCGUUCCGCAGCACGUGCCAGGAACAGCAACGUGCUGUUCCGCUAA